AUGGACUCUCAAGGCGUUCGCUUGCGCGGUAGGCUCGGCAGUUCGUUCGGGGGAGCUUCGGUGCUGGAGCGACCGGGAUUGGACCAAUCAGGAGGAGCGGACGGCGCUCCGAAGACGGACGCCGGCGGAGAGAUGGGGCAGCUGAAGCAGCGGAUGCGGAACGGAGGGGGGGAUCGGUACCGCGUGCUUCUACUGGACCACGAGAAGCACACGGAGGAUGGAGUCGCGAAGGUGCUGCCAACAGUGGUUCCUUCAGUCACGGUGGACGACGCGCGGCGGGUGUUCAACGAGUCCAGAGAGCUGGGUCAGGGGCUCGUCUGCGUCGCCAUCAAGACUAAUGCGUUGUAUUGGGAUCGGUACUUGCGUCGUCGCGUAUCCAGGUUCGACAACCUGAAGUUCCAUCGGCCGCUCUCCGAGGCUCAGGUGUCUCCGAUCGCCGGGCAGACAGGGAGAAUCGAGGCUCUGUUGUUCGAGGUGAAGGACCGCGACCGCAUCGGCUAUGCGUCGGCUUCCAACAUCCGCGCGUUCUGCUGCUCUCCUGAGCUCGUUCAACGGACGGGAUGCAACCCUGGACACAUCAUCGUGCGGCCGAGAGACGGGGAUAACCAGUGGCCCCGCGUGGUGGAAAUUAACUUCAUUGGCAACGACACGGCGGUGGCGGUGGCGCCGUCGGAGAUCCACAUCACGGCGCCCGGCAUGUACUACCUGUGGUUCGUCAUCUGCGACAAGAGCCUCGCUGGCGUGGCCGUCACGGGCACGACCAUCUGGAAGAACCCGGGCGGGUAUCUGCCCGGCAUGAUGAUGCCUUACCUCAACUUCUACGCGCUCAUGUCCAUGGCGUAUCUGGUGCUGGGCGUGGUGUGGUUCAUGCAGUACGCGCGCUUCUGGCGCGACAUCCUGCAGCUGCAGAACUGCAUCACGGCCGUCAUCGCGCUUUCCAUGCUCGAGAUGGCCACCUGGUACUUCGACUACGUCAACUUCAACGCCGGCGGCUUCCGCCCCUACGGGACCACCAUCUGGGCCGCCACGCUCGGCGCGCUGCGCAAGGCGGUGUCGCGCGUGCUGGUGUUGAUUGUCGCGAUGGGGUAUGGCGUGGUGCGGCCGACGCUGGGCGGGCUGUCAGGAAAGGUUAUGGCUUUGGGUGCAGGUUACUUCUGUGCAGUGGAGCUGCUGGACGUGAUGCAGAACGUGGGCGCCAUCGACGACCUGAACAGCAGCGAGCGCCUCUUCCUCGUGCUGCCUGUCGCUGUGCUCGACGCCAUCUUCAUCCUCUGGAUCUUCUCCUCGCUCUCCAAGACUCUCUCGCUGCUGCAGACGAAGCGCACAGGGUCGAAGCUGGAGCUGUACCGUAAGUUCACCAACGGCAUGGCUCUGGCCGUGCUGGUCUCUGUAGCCUGGAUCGCAUACGAGAUGUAUGUGCGGCUGUCGGACCCGUACAAUGAGAGGUGGGAGGCGGAUUGGAUCACGGGGUGCUUCUGGCACCUGCUGCAGUUCGUGCUGCUCUGCGCCAUCUGUGUGCUCUGGGCGCCCUCCCUCAACUCCACCAGAUACGCAUAUUCGGAGGAUGCUCCAGAGGAUGAUGAUGACGUGGCGCUUACGUCAGCAUCAGUGGCUUCAGCGAAAGCAGAGCCAGGGUCUGCAGCAGAGAAGAAGCCGAUAAACACGGAUGUGUCUGUAGCAACCCUGACCACAUCCGCGUUAUUGUCAUCAAGUGGCGAUGGUGCCACCACUGCAGCCACUGCUGCCGAUCCCGCUACAGCACCAGCAGACACUGAUGAUGAAUCCUCUGCCGUAUCAGAGCAGGUAUCGGAGGACGAUCUGACGCCAGCCAAGGUGGUGGAGCUCUUGGAUCGCCACAUUGUGGGGCAGGCUCAGGCCAAGCGAGCCGUUGCCAUCGCCCUGCGCAACAGGUGGCGGCGGAAGCGCAUUAGUGGUUCCAUGAGGGACGAGGUGGUUCCCAAGAACAUCCUCAUGGUCGGCCCCACCGGCUGUGGGAAAACCGAGAUCGCCCGGCGCCUUGCCAAGCUCAUCCAUGCGCCCUUUGUCAAGGUAGAAGCCACCAAGUUCACGGAGGUGGGCUUUCACGGGCGGGACGUGGACCAGAUCAUUCGAGACCUGCUGGAGAACGCCAUUCAGCUGCAGCGGCAGAAGGCUCGGGCCAAGGCGGCGAAGGAGGUGGAGGAGGUGGUGGAGAGCAAGAUUCUAGACCAUCUGCUGGGCGCGCUACAGCCGGGCGCAACACCCCCUUCCAGGGAGACCUUUCGUCUGCUGUACAGGGAGGGGGUGUUGGACGACAGGCGAGUGCACAUGGAGCUGCCUGACGCCGCUCCCUCGGGUGGUCUGGGCGGGUUCGCCAUCGACAUGUCGGGCGCUGCAGGGCUCAACGUGCACGACUUUGUGCAGAGGAUGGAGCGAGUGGUGAAGGGGGCACGGAGGGAGAAGAAGGAUUUGACAGUGGCGGAGGCGAGGGCAGCGCUGACCGACGCAGAGAUGGAGAAACGCCUGUCGUCUGAAUCGCUCGUGAAGGACGCCAUUCAGGCAACGGAGUCAGAGGGCAUAGUGUUCAUAGACGAGAUAGACAAGAUCGUGCACUCCAGCGACACGCGGCAUGGUGCCGAUGCGAGUGCUGAGGGUGUUCAGCGCGACCUGUUGCCCAUCAUUGAGGGCAGUGUGGUAUCCACCAAGCACGGCAACGUCAACACGGAUCACAUUCUCUUCAUCGCUAGUGGUGCCUUCACUGCGUGCCGCCCCUCCGACAUGCUGGCAGAGCUGCAAGGCCGCCUGCCCAUAAGGGUGGAGCUCAAAGGGCUGACCAGAGAGGAUCUGUACCGCAUUCUCACAGAGCCCGAGGCGAACAUGAUUCGGCAGCAGCAGCUGCUGAUGGCCACGGAGGGGGUUGAGCUUGUAUUCACCGAGUCUGCCAUCCGGGAGGCUGCCGCCAUGGCUGCUGAGAUCAAUCACACGCUGGACAACAUUGGUGCAAGAAGGUUGCACACGGUGUUGGAGCGGGUGGUGGAGGACAUCAGCUUCCACGCGCCCGAGAGGAAGGGGGAGACAUGCGUGGUGGAUCAAGAGGAUGUUCGACGGCCGCUGGGUGACUUGCUGCAGAAGGUUGAUGUCUCUAAGUUCAUCCUGUAG